AUGAGUGCUGCAGCUAGUGCUAUUAGUUAUGUGGAAUCUAGAGGUAAAGAAGAAGAUGUCACCACUAAUGUUAAGGCAGACGAUGUUUCAAACUCAUCCGAUAAUUAUGGGAGUAGCACUUUAGAUGAAGCUGAUGAUGAGGUUGACGUCGCUUUACUAUUUCUGAAGGAGAAUCAUGCCAAGGAAACAGUUAUCGAGAAAGAUGAUCAGUUGAGGACGGCUGAAGAAAAGAGCAGGGCGAAUUUUUAUGGUGCAAGUGACCUGCCACCAAAGGUUCUGAGAAAAUUGGAUAUUUUUGUGUUGCCUUUCUUGUGCUGUACCUACUUGCUCAUGUUUCUUGAUAAGGCAUUGUUAAACUAUGCGGCAGCGAUGGGGAUCAAGAAGCAUUUGAAAGGGAAUGAAUUCUCGAAUUUAGGUACUAUUUUCUCUGCCGCAUACAUCUUCAUGGAACCUAUUGUCACCUAUUUGAUUCAAAAGUUCCCGAUAUCUAAAAUCAUGGCGAUCUUCAUUGUGUGUUGGGGUAUUGUGCUCGCCUGUCAUUCCGCGUGUAAGACGUACGCCUCUCUUAUGGUGGUACGUACCUUGCUGGGCAUGUUCGAAUCGGCAAGUGCGGUUGGUUGCAUCGCUGUGAGCGGCAUGUAUUACACGAAGUCUGAACAAAGUGCGAGAAUUGGUUAUUGGGCAGCUCAGGCAGGUACCGGGUACAUCAUUGGUGGUUUGAUCUCAUUUGGCUUCUUGCACUACCACGGCAAAAGUUUCACAUCAUGGCAAAUCAUGUUCUUGGUGGUAGGUUUGGUCACCGUUGUGUUUGGGAUUAUAACGUUUUUAUACCUGCCAGAUAAUGUCACUAACGCUUGGUUCCUGAAUCAGGAUGAGAAAGUUGCUGUCGUUAAGCACAUCAGAGACAACCAAACUGGUGUCGAAAACAAGAAAUUCAAAAAACAACAUGUUAAGGAACUUAUCUUCCAUGAUAAACUGACUUGGCCUAUGUUGGCGAUCACCGCUUUCUCGCAGAUCUCUACUGGUUCCAUUGGUACCUUUUCUGUUACUAUUACACAAACUUUCGGUUUUGAUAGCAAGCAGACCGCACUUUUGCAGCUUCCUAUCGGUGCGAUUACUAUCAUCAUCAUCAUCGUGACAACGCAGAUGAUUUCUCGUUGGAACCAAAUUACGUUGGUCACCACAUCCAUGUACAUCCCAGCCAUCAUCGGUUGCAUUGUUAUGUUGGCUUUGCCUCUUUCAAACCAUGUCGGGAACCUUUUGGCGCUAUAUCUACUUUACAGCGGUUCCUGCGUGAUUACCAACAUCUACAUUUGGAAUUCCUGUAACACUUCGGGUUAUUGUAAAAGAAUUGUUAGAAAUGCUUUGACAAUGAUUGUUUACAACGUGGCCUGUAUUGUCGCGCCACAAAUGUUUAGAGCUUAUUCUGCUCCUCGUUAUGUGCCGGCUAAGAUUGCUCUGCUAGUUACUCAAUGUGUCUGCGUUCCGCUUCAAUUGUAUGUUGGUUAUUUGAGCAGAAGAGAAAACCUAAAAAGAGACAAAGAACAGGAAGGUCAAGUCAUCGAAAACUAUCAAUUCCUUGACUUGACAGAUAUUGAGAAUAGGAGUUUCAGGUACGUUUAUUAG